AUGCCAUCGUAUGGUCGUGCAGUUUUCCCGGAAGAAAUAGAUCCAUUUGUUCAAAGCAUUCGUCCCUACGAUAUUGCUGAUAUAGGAAGCAAAGGUUGGAUAGAGCAAAAUGAAGUGUUGCAAAAACUAUGCCAACAGGCUUUCAUCGAUGCGUCCAACAAACAGGAGGAAAUUGUAAAGGAUCGAUUAAUACUGGAAGGUAAAAUACCGGUUCUCAUACACGAGAUGUACAGCGUCCAGAUAUGGCGUACGGAAGUUUUACCGCGCCUGUUAGCGCUGAAGGAGCCCGAUGUCACCUUCGUGCUUUACAGUGUAAUAUACCACGAAGCUAACAUUUGUUCGUUGUUGGAGACCGUACUGUACCAUCGUGCCAGCUGUGAAGCGCUCGAUAGCAGUGUUCUCGAUUUAAUAGAUUAUUGCGCUCAAGCAAUUGGUCGAUUGAUAGGCUUGUUAGCCAACGGGUACAACGAUCGUGAAGAUGAUCCCCCGGCGAACGAACUAUUGAAGGAAUCCACAACGGAUGAAAUCAUACGAAUGGGACGCGGAAUGGACUUUCGUAUUGGAAUCAAAUGUCUCGGUGUUGUGUCGUAUCUCGUUGAAGGGUUAGAAUUGUUGCCACUCAGUGCCGCGACCCGUCUCGUACGUGUUCACGAUUUUCCCUGCUUGAUUGCGGAAAUUCUACACGCCAAACCGUGGCUGCGCCGUAAUCGCGAAGGUAUAUUUGAAAAAUAUCGUAACGCCAGCUGGCUGCCGGCACACGGAAACGCGGUGCUUAAGGUGACCGAAACCGAAGCCCAAACAUGGUUCUGUCUGUAUCGAUUGUUAUUUAACGGCGAGCUUAUGAGGGAUUACGAAAUUAAUGGUUACAGGCAUCGAGAAAUUGGCAAAUGCGUUGGUUUACUGAACGAGCAGUUGUUAGAUCAAUUGCCAGCAUUGAUUCCCUUGAAGCAACAUCUCUGUACAAUGCAGCUGACGAAAGAAAAUGUAUCAACAGCAACUACGUCUACGGCGCUUCUGCUGGAAGAAUUGCCUGAAGUGCGAGAACAGCUUCUACGAACAGCACGCCGAAUUGGGUGGGAGGAAAUCGUGGCAAAGCAACGUAAAAUUUUCAUUGACCUCGGGGAUCAUGAUGUAAUUGAAAUGGCUAUGCGUAUUACUAACGUGUACAAUAUUGAUCUACUGGAGAAGUAUACGGAGCAGGAGGAAAAGUACAGCAAACAAAGCGAAGCAGACCAAUCCGGAACGAAGGUGUGUGGCAACUGUGGAGCAUCCGCGGCAAAGAAAUGCUCCGGAUGUUUGCUAGUAUUCUACUGCACACGUGACUGUCAACUGGAACACUGGCCCUAUCACAAAGAACUCUGUAGUCAGCUGAAAUAA